GGGAUAGAAUUUUUAGGUGAUCAUGCAGCCUCUCACCCAAGGGCCAAGGAGUUGACGUGCUUUGAUAUCGGGCUGCAUGUCGGGUCGUGUAGGAUGCGCCGGCAUUCUGUACAAAAGCUCCCAUGGAGCUUUAGGUAAAUAGGUAGGUAGGUAGCCUUUUUCUCCAAUAUUCAGCGAACGUAAUCCCAAGCAAUCGGUGUCGCGAGCGUUGUCGAUUCUGCUCAUCAUGGUGUUCUUUACUAAACGGCAAGCCGGCGAUGCGAUGCCAACGCCGUGCCUGGUCACUACAGCCUUGGUAAUUGUUUCUGUUAUUUUCAUGCUCUUAUCACUUGCGGCAACCGCCUUCCGGUUUAAGGCGCGAAAAAUACAGCGCGCGAAGCUACUUGCAGAUGAUUGGUGGAUGCUCAUAUCCUGGGUUUUGGCAUUCUUUCUCAGUAUCGAUGUUUGGGUCUUCGGCUCGCUUACUGGGCUUGACUACUACAAGAUUGAUCCUAUUAGAGGAACGACAUUGUCACUACAGUGCUUGUAUGUGGCUUCCAUUCUUACUCUGCCGGCCUUGACUUCGGUCAAGAUUGCCGUCUUGCUUUUCUAUAAGCGAGUUUUUGCCACGCCAAAGUUCAAGAUUGCCGUCUGGACCUUAGUAACUAUCCUGUUCUGUUGGUGCAUAUUAUUCAUCUUCUUGACGGCCUUUCAGGGCGACCCGCUCGACUCACCAUGGCAACUCAACACUGGCAAAUUUCGCUAUAACAUCACAGCUGUGGGAUAUGCCCAAGUUGGCUCAAGCAUCGCCUUGGACUUCCUUGUCUUGCUCUUCCCUCUCCCUGUCAUAUCAAGACUUCACAUGGCUUUUACGCGCAAGAUAUCCAUCAUGCUUAUCUUCUGGCUGGGGAUCUUUUGCUGCGUCGCAUCCAUAGUCCGAGUAGUAUUCCUCGCGGAGCUACUAUCUGCCGUCGUCGAAGCCAAGGAAUCCAUUGCAAUCCAAUCCAAACAAUUCGUCUUCCUCGUUCUCGAGCCUCACUGCUCCAUUAUAGCCGGCUGUCUUCCGUGCUACGGGUCUCUUCUUGCUAGGUUCGGCGGCCGCGCGCCCGAGUCCCUUGUGCGCAGCGUGCGUUCCAUCAUCUCCCUUGGAAGCUGGGGUUCUCGCCGCGGCUCCCAAGGAUCUGGAGGCAGCAAGAACAAGAUACAGAAAACGGAAAAUGACAUACAGCUGCUAAACUCCGUAAAUAAUGGAGAGAUUAACCAUGAAGGGAGCCAGGUCGAGCUUACCAGUAGAUCACAGUGGCCUGAUUCCCGCCAUGAUGUGCUUGUCCUGGGGGGUCCGAAGGCAGAUGAAGCACUAGAGCGCAUAGUUGAUAGUGAGAUCACACAGGCGGACCUGGUGAAGAACUCUAUCAAUGUCACACACGGUGUUGAUAUUUCUUACGUUUGAGCGUAACUAUAUCAUCUGCCGGAAUCAGAUAUUUGAGCCUCGCUACGUGCCUAAUUACUCGGGUUGGCACUACGGUUUGAAAUGUAGGGUAUUGUUGGAAGACGUGAAGAUCUCUUACUCAUGUAAUACAAGCAGGUAGUUAUUAAUACAUAGUGAACAAGGCUAUCAGCCUUGGACCUGGAUUAGACCCUAUACUGAAUCUAAUACCAUGGUCUAGGUAAUUUUAUAGAUGAAAGGAAUGAUUUGUAUUCGAUGUGGUUAAAGUUAUGUAAAAUAGGUGUGUGC